CAGAGUCAUCACACAAGUCCAACCCGAAAAAACAAGAGGUUGUUCUUGUUCCGACACGACAACACAUCCAGAAUCGGAGCUAAUAAGAUGCUCCGGUCCUUUUGACGUGUUGACUUCCUUUAAUUCUCUGUUUGGUUCGGGGAAGAAACAAGAAAUAGUUGACUGUGUUUAGUGGGUUCUGUUGAAAAAUGUCGAACAUAGACAUUGAAGGGAUAUUGAAGGAGCUACCUAACGAUGGGAGGAUCCCCAAAACCAAGAUUGUUUGCACUCUAGGACCAGCUUCUCGCACUGUUCCUAUGAUCGAAAAGCUUCUCAGAGCCGGUAUGAACGUUGCUCGCUUCAACUUCUCUCAUGGAAGCCAUGAGUACCACCAGGGCACACUCGACAACCUCCGCACCGCUAUGCAAAACACUGGCAUUCUCGCUGCUGUCAUGCUUGACACAAAGGGGCCUGAGAUUCGUACUGGUUUCUUGAAAGAUGGGAACCCUAUACAACUCAAGGAAGGCCAAGAGAUCACCAUCACCACCGACUACGACAUUCUAGGAGACGAGACGACGAUCUCCAUGAGCUAUAAGAAGCUUCCCUUAGAUGUGAAGCCCGGAAACACCAUUCUCUGUGCGGAUGGAAGCAUAAGUCUAGCGGUCCUGUCAUGUGAUCCCGAGUCUGGAACUGUCAGGUGCCGGUGCGAAAACACGGCGAUGCUUGGCGAGAGAAAGAACGUGAAUCUCCCCGGUGUCGUUGUUGAUCUCCCCACUCUGACUGAGAAGGACGUUGAAGAUAUUAUGGGUUGGGGUGUUCCAAACAGCAUCGAUAUGAUUGCGCUUUCUUUUGUUCGUAAAGGUUCGGAUCUUGUUAAUGUCAGGAGGGUUCUUGGUUCUCAUGCUAAAAGCAUAAUGCUGAUGUCAAAGGUUGAGAACCAAGAAGGAGUGAUUAACUUUGAUGAGAUACUGCGCGAAACAGAUGCCUUCAUGGUUGCUCGUGGUGAUCUCGGGAUGGAGAUUCCCAUAGAGAAGAUCUUCUUGGCUCAGAAGCUGAUGAUCUACAAGUGCAACCUCGCAGGCAAACCAGUGGUCACAGCCACUCAGAUGCUCGAGUCAAUGAUCAAAUCACCAAGGCCAACGCGUGCUGAAGCCACAGACGUUGCAAACGCCGUCCUCGACGGCACAGACUGCGUGAUGCUCAGCGGAGAGAGCGCAGCAGGAGCUUAUCCGGAGAUAGCUGUGAAAGUCAUGGCCAAGAUAUGCAUUGAAGCAGAAAGCUCGCUUGACUACAACACAAUCUUCAAAGAGAGGAUCAGAGCAACUCCGGUUCCAAUGAGCCCGUUGGAGAGUCUUGCAUCGUCAGCUGUAAGGGCUGCGAACAAAGCGCAUGCGAAGCUCAUCAUUGUGUUGACUCGCGGAGGCUCAACAGCUAAGCUUGUAGCUAAGUACAGACCCUCUGUUCCGAUUCUUUCGGUGGUUGUACCAGUAAUGACCACUGAUUCCUUUGACUGGACUUGUAGUGACGAGUCGCCUGCAAGACACAGUUUGAUAUACAGAGGCUUGAUCCCUAUGUUGGCUGAAGGAUCUGCGAAGGCGACGGAUAGCGAGUCCACGGAGGUUAUCAUUGAAUCCGCUUUGAAGUCAGCUGUGAAGAGAGGACUGUGCAACCAUGGUGAUGCUGUUGUGGCGCUGCACCGUAUCGGAGUUGCCUCGGUUAUUAAGAUCUGUGUGGUGAAGUGAAGAAAUAAAAGAAUGGCUCUUGGAGUGCUUAUGAUUGUUGGCAAUCAUAAACUGAGAGUUAACUUCGUUGCUUGAAAUAAAGAUGUACUGUUAAGACAUCUCUCUCCCUUUUGUAUGGAUUACCACCUACUUUUGAUGUACAACACUGUUUCUCUUAAUAAGCUUUGCUUAUAAAAGUUUAAGCAUUAAGGUUUUA